AUGGAAAUUAUAGACGACGAAACGCAAUUCAUCGACGACGAUUACGAUCACUCGAAUCCCGGAUUGUUUUACACAGUGACGAGAAUCGGAAAGGAAUUCGAAUACUACGAAAAAGGUUGCAAUUGUGAAAAUUCUAAUUGCACGACGGAAACGGGUUGCGAUUGUUUGAAAUACGGCGACAAUUAUCAAUUGAACGACGAGGGAAAUUUGAUAUUGAAAAAUGAUAAAUUUGACAACGCAUUACCCAUUUUCGAAUGUAAUUUCAAUUGUUCUUGUUUUCGACACGUGUUUGAAAAUCGAAAUCGUCACGGAAGUGGAAAAGUUUCGAAACUUUUUUGCCCGAAUCGUAACGUUCAAUUCGGACCGUUGAAAACUCUCGAAAUAUUCGACGCGGGAAAAAAAGGUUUGGGUUUGAAAACGAACGAGACGAUACGUCGGGGUACGUUCAUUUGCGAAUACGCGGGAGAAAUUAUAAAUUUGAAAACGGCAAAAGAGCGGGAAAAAAAUCAACGCGAUGACAUGAAUUACAUAUUCAUAUGUAAAGAAUACGCGGGUGAUAAAUUUUGCAACGUCACGAUCGUCGAUCCGACUUUUAUCGGAAACGUCGGACGUUACAUAAAUCACAGUUGCCAACCUAAUUCCGUCAUUGUUCCGAUUCGAGUGAACGAUUCGACUCCUCACUUGUGCGUGUUCGCAAUUCGAGAUAUCGAAAAAAACGAAGAAAUUUGUUACGAUUAUUCCGGUCGAAAUCGUAUCGAAACUACUCCAUCGAACGAAAUCGAUUUUCCUAAUAGAAAACUUUGCUAUUGUCAAUCACCCUCGUGUAAAUCCUUUUUACCCUAUGAACUUAACAGAGACUGA